CUUCAGUGUCCGUCUCCAGGAGGGUGCCGGAGAGGGAAAGCAUGGCAUGGGGGCUCUGGAAAGUCGAAGAGGGGGAAUCUUCGGACUUCACUCUGACCUGGGACGCGGCAGUGACUCAGUCAGGUGGCUUAGGAGGGGAGCUGGAGAACGUUACGAAGGGCUGCCGCUCACUGGAAGACAGGAACAGCGUGACAAGCCAAGAGGAGAGAAAUGAGGAAGAUGAAGACAUGGAGGAUGAGUCAAUUUACACCUGUGAUAACUGUCAGCAGGACUUCGACUCGCUGGCGGACCUGACGGAGCACCGAGCCCAUCGCUGUCCUGGAGAUGGUGACGACGACCCGCAACUCUCCUGGGUGGCCUCAUCUCCCUCCAGCAAAGAUGUCGCAUCCCCCACGCCGAUGAUCGGCGAUGGGUGUGACCUGGGUACCGGGGAGGAGGAAGGAGGGACCGGCCUGCCGUACCCCUGCCAGUUCUGUGACAAGUCGUUCAUCCGGCUGAGCUACCUCAAGAGGCACGAGCAGAUCCACAGCGACAAGCUCCCCUUCAAGUGCACCUACUGCAGCCGGCUCUUCAAGCACAAGCGGAGCCGGGACCGCCACAUCAAGCUGCACACGGGAGACAAGAAAUACCACUGCCACGAGUGUGAGGCGGCCUUCUCGCGCAGUGACCACCUCAAGAUCCACCUGAAGACACACAGCUCGAGCAAGCCCUUCAAGUGCACAGUCUGCAAGCGGGGCUUCUCGUCGACCAGCUCGCUGCAGAGCCACAUGCAGGCGCACAAGAAGAAUAAGGAGCACCUGGCCAAGACGGAGAAGGAGGCCAAGAAGGACGACUUCAUGUGCGACUACUGCGAGGAGACCUUCGGCCAGACGGAGGAGCUGGAGAAGCACGUGCUGACCCGUCACCCGCAGCUGUCGGAGCAGGCGGACCUGCAGUGCAUCCACUGCCCCGACGCCUUCGCCGACGAGAACGCUCUGCUGGCCCACAUCCACCAGGCCCACGCCAACAAAAAGCACAAGUGCCCCAUGUGCCCGGAGCAGUUCUCCUCAGUGGAGGAGGUCUACUGCCACCUGGACAGCCACCGGCAGCCGGACUCAGGCCAGCCGAGCGUCAGCCCGGACCCGGCGCUGGGCAGCGGGGCCUCACUGAGCAGCGCUACACCGGACUCGAGCGCCUCGGCCGAGCGGGGCUCCACGCCGGACUCGGCCCCCAAGCCCCCCCGAGGCUCAAAGAAGGGCCGGGCUGGGGAGCGGGAGGAGGGCGGCGGGCCGGCCUGGGCCAAGGUGGCCUACAGCUGCCCCUUCUGCUCCAAGCGGGAGUUCCACAGCCUGGCCGUGCUGGAGAUCCACCUGAAGACCAUGCACGCAGACAAGCCCCAGCAGAGCCGGACAUGCCAGGUCUGCCUGGACACCCUGCCCACGCUCUACAACCUGAACGAGCACGUGCGCAAGGCCCACAGGGACCACGCCUACCCACUGGGGCCGGCGGGCGCCCUGGCCGCCUUCCACUGCAACUACUGCCCCGAGACCUUCGCCGACCUGAACGGGCUGCAGGAGCACAUCCGCGGCUCCCACUGCGGGCCCCCCGCCGCCCCCGCCGAUGGCAGCAACGCCUUCUUCUGCCCGCAGUGCUCCAUGGGCUUCCUGACGGAGGCCUCCCUGGCCGAGCACAUCCAGCAGGCCCACUGCGGGCCGGGCGGUGCCAAGCUGGACCCGCCGGCCGUCCAGACGGCCCAGUCAUUCCUGGAGGUCUACUCCUGCCCCUACUGCACCAAUUCCCCCAUCUUCGGCUCCCUGCUGAAGCUGACCAAGCACAUCAAGGAGAACCACAAGAACAUCCCCCUGGCCCAUGGCAAGAAGUCCAAGGGCGAGCAGAGCCCCGGCUCCUCGGACGUGGAGGUCUCCUCGCCGAAGCGGCAGCGGCUCUCGGCUGGGCCCGGCGUCGGCUCCAACGGCGAGUACCCGUGCAACCAGUGCGACCUGAAGUUCUCCAACUUCGACAGCUUCCAGACCCACCUCAAGCUGCACCUGGAGCUGCUGCUCCGGAAGCAGGCCUGCCCGCAGUGCAAGGAGGACUUUGACUCCCAGGAGUCCCUGCUGCAGCACCUGACCGUCCACUACAUGACCACCUCGACUCACUACGUCUGUGAGAGCUGUGACAAGCAGUUCUCCUCGGUGGACGACCUGCAGAAGCACCUGCUGGACAUGCACACCUUCGUGCUCUACCACUGCACGCUCUGCCAGGAGGUCUUCGACUCCAAGGUCUCCAUCCAGGUGCACCUGGCCGUCAAGCACAGCAACGAGAAGAAGAUGUACCGCUGCACCGCCUGCAAUUGGGACUUCCGCAAGGAGGCCGACCUGCAGGCCCACGUCAAGCACAGCCACCUGGGCAACCCGGCCAAGUCCCACAAGUGCAUCUUCUGUGGCGAGACCUUCAGCACCGAGGUGGAGCUGCAGUGCCACAUCACCACCCACAGCAAGAAGUACAACUGCAAGUUCUGCAGCAAGGCCUUCCACGCCAUCAUCCUCCUGGAGAAGCACCUGCGCGAGAAGCACUGCGUCUUCGAUGCCGCCGCCGAGAACGGCACUGCCAACGGGCUGGCCCCCGCCGGCAAGAAGGCGGAGCCCGCUGACCUGCCUGGCGCCUUGCUGAAGAACCCCGACGCCGCCAACAGCCUGGAGGCCAGCGAGGACGACGUGGAUGCUUCGGAGCCCAUGUAUGGCUGCGACAUCUGUGGGGCCGCCUACACCAUGGAGGUGCUCCUGCAGAACCACCGGCUGCGGGACCACAACAUCCGGCCCGGCGAAGACGACUGCUCCCGCAAGAAGGCCGAGUUCAUCAAGGGCAGCCACAAGUGCAACGUCUGUUCGCGGACCUUCUUCUCGGAGAACGGCCUGCGGGAGCACGUGCAGACCCACCGGGGCCCCACCAAGCACUACAUGUGCCCCAUCUGUGGCGAGCGCUUCCCCUCGCUCCUCACGCUCACUGAGCACAAGGUCACGCACAGCAAGAGCCUGGACACGGGCACCUGCCGCAUCUGCAAGAUGCCCCUGCAGAGCGAGGAGGAGUUCAUCGAGCACUGCCAGAUGCACCCCGACCUGCGCAACUCGCUCACGGGCUUCCGCUGCGUUGUCUGCAUGCAGACCGUCACCUCCACCCUGGAGCUCAAGAUCCAUGGGACCUUCCACAUGCAGAAGCUGGCCGGCAGCUCGGCCGCCUCCUCCCCCAAUGGCCAGGCCCUGCAGAAACUCUACAAGUGCGCCCUGUGCCUGAAGGAGUUCCGCAACAAGCAGGACCUGGUCAAGCUGGACGUCAAUGGGCUGCCCUAUGGCCUGUGCGCCGGCUGCAUGGCCCGCGGCACCAACGGACAGGCGGCCGGCUUGACCCCGCCGGACGCGGGCGAGCGGCCUUGCGGCGGCCUCCGUUGUCCGGAGUGCAGUGUCAAGUUCGAGAGCCCCGAGGACCUGGAGAGUCACGUGCAGGUGGAUCACAGGGACCUGACGCCAGAGACCAGCGCUCAGAGGAAGGGCUCCCAGACCUCUCCCGUCCCCAGAAAAAAGACAUAUCAGUGCAUCAAGUGCCAGAUGACCUUUGAGAAUGAAAGAGAAAUUCAAAUCCAUGUCGCCAACCAUAUGAUUGAAGAAGGCAUCAAUCAUGAGUGCAAGCUGUGUAACCAGAUGUUUGACUCUCCGGCAAAGCUUCUGUGCCAUCUGAUUGAACACAGCUUUGAGGGCAUGGGAGGCACGUUCAAAUGCCCGGUGUGUUUCACAGUUUUUGUACAGGCCAACAAGUUGCAGCAGCACAUCUUUGCGGUCCACGGUCAGGAGGACAAGAUCUACGACUGCUCCCAGUGUCCCCAGAAGUUCUUCUUUCAGACAGAGCUCCAGAACCACACGUUGAGCCAGCACUCACAGUAAGGCCACUGGCACGACAGGACAUCUCUCUGCAGAAGACUUGACGGAGACGCAGUGGGGAGGGCUAUUUGAACAUUACAUCCAAUCAAAGUGUCAUUUGCAACCCAGAUGUAAAACUCUAAUGAUUUGGCCAUGAGGCGCUGCUAUUAUAAGCAGCUGGAAAUGAAUAUUAAUGGAAGAGAUUAAAAGUAUUCCAUGCUCAGUAUUUUUUAUUGUCCUGCUUCAGCCUAGUGUACUUUAGGGCUUCUGCUACCAACUGAAUUUAUAGUGUUAGAACAACCUGCUUUUUGAGGCUAUUGUCUUUUGUUGCUCCUUGUAUUAUAUUGAUAGGUAAAGAGGGUUAGGUUGUGAUUUUCUUUUUGUUGAGGACUUUUAAUUGCAAUUUUAGGUCAUUGUGCGUUGUGAUGUGAUUGCUUGGCUAUUGUCUGAAUAUUUCUUUUGAAUUUUUUAAUUAAGGACUAAUGCUUUGAUUGGAUUUGCCAGUUCACCGGACAGUGAUUAAAACUAUGUAAUGAAUAUAAUCGGUUUCAGUGCAACUGGAUGGUCUGCUUUUUAAAUGUGACUUAAUCUGACUGCAAUAACUAGUACAGUUCAAUAAAGAGAAUC